GUGCAAUGGGAAAAAGUAAAACGCGGGCUGUUUGAAUAAUGGCACCUUUCCAAAGACAGGUACAAGGAGUGGUACUCCUUAUAUUUCUCUUCUCGAGGCCUUAUUUAAUAGAAUCACAGACCUACAGGGAUUUCCCAAAGCUUUUUAAUGCUGCACAGUUCAAGCCAAUCUCAACCACACCAUCAGGUUCAACAUGUGGAAUACCUUCUCGCAGUGCCUAUUGUAAAAGUUCUGUAUAUGAGAGCUCAUUGAGCCGUUGUUUUCAAGACUUAUGUGAACAGGAUUGUCCUCGGAGAACUUCUCUGCCUUCUUAUAGUAACCUUCUUCUGGCUUCCAAUUUUGGAGAUUGUGUUCAUCGGGACACUGUGAAUGUGCGUCCAGGGAACUCCAGCGAGGAUUUUUCUUCUGUAUUCAACAAUGGGCCCCGCUGCUACCUGACUCCUCUGCAGACUUCGGAGCUGGGUACUGAGGAUGGAGUUCGUAUGUUCACGUUAGCCGUGUGGAUAUGGCAGGAGACGGGGAAUGAAGGGACAAUUUAUCAGAAAGUGGGUGACAAUUCAAAAACAAUUCUUCAAGUGCGUGUUAGCAGCUCCAACAUCCACAUCUAUUACAGUACCAGCAGUGGAUUUUACCAUCUCAAGUCCCUGGAUUCUAUACCAGCAGAGACCUGGACUCACCUGGGAAUACAGGUCUAUGGUACUGCUCUUAGUGUCUUCCUGAAUGGUCUGGGUGUGGGUUUUGCUGCCAGUGAUACCUACACGUUAGCAGGACAGAUCCAUAAUGGGACAGCCACAGAAGUCAGAGUGGGACAAGCUGUGAAUGGUUCAGACCAAUUUCUAGGCCGUCUCCAAGGAUUCAGGUUUUACCCCGUCACUCUCACUAACAGAGAAAUAGAGGAGGUUUCCAGUGGCGUGUUACCUUCUGUUCAUCUCCAGACUGCCUGUCGGUGUCCCCCCUCACACCCUCGGGUCAAGCCUUUCAGGAGCAGGUUCUGCAUAAAGAAUGGGGUUCCAGACAACACAAUAAACCAAGUUCUCAGGCUGAACAAUUAUUCACACCCCUUGGAGUUUCUCAAUGAUGGUGACGGUAACAGCAUCUGGGUGUCAUCUUUCUUAGAUGAUGUGACCAUCACAAUAGACCUUCAAGAUGAAUUUCAGGUUUUCUAUGUAGUUCUCCAGUUCUACAGUCCCCUGCCCACCACUGUCACCAUAGAGCGUAAGAGAGCAGGGAGCCCUGUGUGGGAGAGAUGGCAGCUGUAUGCCAGUGACUGUAAUGCAGUGUUUAGUCUGGACAACAAUGGCCCUCUGCCCAGUCCUACCUCUGUCAACUGUCUGCAGUUUGGCUCGAGCAGCCUCCCAUUGCCUUUAUCCAAGGGGAAUGUCACAUUCAAUCUGCUGGCCCCCGAACCUGUCCCCAGACCAGGACAUAAUGACUUCUACAACACACCAGACUUGUACCAGUUUGUCAAGGCGUCACAAGUGAGAGUCAGACUCCAGGGCCACUUUAAUGUGACACAGAGCAGGCACCGCUACUAUGGACUGCAGGAGUAUAUAGUCACUGCCAGAUGCCAGUGCCAUGGUCAUGCUGAGGACUGUGAUACCUCCACCAGCCCUUAUAGAUGUAACUGUUUACUGGACAGCCACACAGAGGGCAAUAAGUGUGAGCGGUGCCAGCCCCUGUAUAAUGACAAGGCCUUCACAGUGGGGGAUCAGCUCAACCCUUACAACUGUAAACCAUGUCAAUGUUACAACCAUGCUUCAUCCUGUGUGUAUAACAGGACCCUGGACCCCUACCCUGAGGAGCACAACAGGGGAGGAGGGGGAAUGUGCAUCAACUGCCAACACAACACCAGAGGACAGCACUGUGAUCGCUGUAUUGUGGAGUUCUAUAGACCAUUGGGUAAAAGUUUGUUUGAUGUAGAUGUGUGUUCUCCUUGUGGCUGCUAUGCUGGGGGAGUUCUCAAUGGGAACAUGGACUGUGAGAAGGAGGGAGGGCAGUGCUACUGUAAAGACUAUGUAGGUGGCAGGCAGUGUAGUGAGUGCAAGGCAGGGUACUUCAAUCUCCAGCCCAGCAGUGACGUAGGCUGUGAGGCAUGUAACUGUCACACUGAUGGUACUGUGGGUGGAAGCAUUAGUUGCCAUGCCACCACAGGGCAGUGUAACUGCAAGGCUAAUGUUAGAAACUUGAAAUGUGAUGCCUGUAACUUUGGCUUCUUCAACCUGACUUCUACAAACCCUGAUGGCUGCAGCCCAUGCAACUGUGACCCCCUGGGCUCCAAUGACCAGUACUGUGACCCCACCACUGGCCAGUGCAGGUGCAAGGACAAUGUGGUGGGAAAACAGUGUGACCGCUGUAGUGACGGCUAUUACGACUUUGAGGGAGGCUGCAAGCCUUGUGGGUGUGACGUCCAGGGAACGGUGCCCAAUACCAUGUGUGACAAGGUCACUGGUCAGUGUGUGUGCAAGGCCAAUGUGGAAGGGCGCAGCUGUGACCAGUGUAAAGAAGGGUUCUUUGACUUUGGAAGAGAUGUAUCUGUGGGCUGCUCCAGUUGUGACUGUAAUCUUGCUGGCACUCUGAACAGCUCCAGCUUGUGUGACAAGGCCAGUGGCAACUGUGAGUGUAAGAGCAAUGUUCAGGGCAGGACUUGUAACCAGUGUCGUGGAAACACGUGGAACCUGAACCUGACCAAUCCUGAUGGGUGUGAGUCAUGUGAUUGUGAUGUCACGGGCACACAGGAAGGCAAUGAGAAACCGCCCAAUGAACUGACAUGUGACCAAAACUCGGGGCAGUGCACCUGUCUGUCACAGCGGAGGGGGAGAAGGUGUGAGGAAUGUGAAUCUGGUUGGUACAUCAACAACGUCCCUGGUGGUGGCUGCCUGAACUGUGACUGUCAUCGGCAAGGUGCUAUCACUGGAACUGUGUGUAAUUCUGUCACUGGGCAGUGCCAGUGUAAAGCACAGGGGUCAGGGGUCACAGGAAGGAGGUGUGACACCUGUCAAGACAAGUACUAUAAUUUUGACCCUGGAAGAGGAGAAUGUGAGCCAUGUCGCUGUAACCCAGCUGGUAGUUUGAAUGACACAUGUCAUGCUAUGACAGGGCAGUGUGAAUGUAAGGAGUUUGUCACCUCCCUCAAGUGUGACCAGUGUAAGCCAGACUCCAGUGUACUAGAGGCCGAAAACCCUUAUGGCUGCAGUAAAACGCCUCAGCAGCAGCCACCGCCAACCUAUAUGGUACUGAAUGCCACGUCUCUACGUAUCAUGUGGGGUCCACCCGACUAUCCCAAUGGGGUCAUCCUCACCUACUUCCUGUUUAGAGAUGGGCAGCAGGCUGCAGCCCUGGACCCAAAUGUAACCCAAGUGCUGGAGUACAAUGACACAGGCCUGGUUCCCUUCACAGACUAUGCAUACUAUGUCCAGGCAGUGAACAGACAUGGUCUGGUACAGAGCCCAGAGGCUGUCUUCAGGACACCUGAAGGUCCACCACAGGGCAGAUUUGACCUCAUGGUCAGUAAUGUCCUGGUAAACACAGCUGACAUGAGGUGGACGCGGCCAACUGACCCUAAUGGCCUUGUUCUCCUCUUUACCCUGACCUCAGUGACCCCCUCUAACCCUGAUGUUCCUCUGGUACACUUCAACAAAUCAGAGGAAUUUGAGACCCAGCUGACGGACCUUAUCCCCUACACCAACUAUACCUUCACCAUCACAGCAUGUAACCUGGGCGGGUGCCUGAGCGCCACCCCAGUGUGGGCAGUGACCAGGCAGGCCGCACCCACUGGACAAGGGUCACCUAAUGUCACAGCCAUCAGCAGCACUGCGUUCUAUGUGGAAUGGAAACCACCUGCUUUGGCUAAUGGUAUCAUCAUCUUCUAUGAGCUGUGGAUGCAAGGUAUCCUGCAACCUGAUGGAUCACGUAACCCUCCCCUCAGCCGAAUCUUCCACCCUGCAGGCCAGUACAACCCUCGGCCCACUGUCACCCCCCAGGAAAAUGCUCUGGUCCCCCCUAGCACCAACUUCACGGUGACGGGACUUGAGCCUUACACGGAGUACGAGUUCCUGGUGCUGUCACAAAAUGAUAUUGGGAAGGCCUCCAGUCCGUGGGUUGUGGCAAGGACUCUGGAAGCAGUGCCCCUCUCCAUGCCUCCCCCAGUGAUAUCUCCUGUCUCCAGCAGUCAGCUGAAUAUCACAUGGACUUCCCCUGAGGAGAGACAAGCCAGGGGGAUUAUUGUCCAAUACAGGAUAUAUGAGAGAAAAGUGACCAAUUUGACACAAAAUCCCUUUGCUCCUCCAUACUAUCAAGAGUUAGUACAUACUGCCCCAGGAACUUCCGAGUUCUUUCUCCAUGGUGGUCUAGCGCCGUACUCGUACCAUGAGUACAUGGUGGAGGCCUGUAAUAGUCACCACGUGGCCAAGGCAAGCCAAGUGUGA